UUAGUUGUGCAAGUAGCGUUGAGCUGGAUUAUCUGGGAAAGGAUUUAAGAAAAAACACACAGACAACAGCUAGCUAGCUAGGUGGUUAGCUGAGAGGCGUUAGCAUCGUUUGGGUGAAAGCUGGUGAAUUCCAAACAUUCAGACUCGACACUGCGCCGACGUUUGUUUUUCAGUUCUUGUUUUUGGUUUCACUUAUUCGGGUUUCAUCGACAGCAGCUCCCAGGUUUUGGCACAUUGGUCAGAUUCCUCCAGUGGAGUCUUUAUCUGUCUCAGUCGCAGAGUAAAAGUCCACAGGGGAGUUGUGAGGGGAGCUCCGCGUCCAACCCCCUUCUCCUAUACAGACAUCCGGCCAGUAUGUCCAGUGACCCUCCUCCUCCGUACCCUGGAGGUCCCAGCGCCCCCCUCAUCGAGGAGAAGAAUGGACAACCAGUAAGAACUGCUCCAGUGCAGGGACAGCCCUUGCCUCCUGACUACGGCCCUCCACCUUAUGAGGCCCCACAGCCAGGCUUCCUUCCCCCACAUGUCCCUGGAGAAGGACCCAUGCCUAUGCCAAUGCCUCCACCUCCACCAGGUGGCCACUUCCACCCUCCACCCGGUCACUUCCCCCAUGCGAUGCCAGGACAGAUGGGUCCUGGUCCCAGUCACUUUGUCCACAUGGGAGGUCACACAGCGACCGUCCUCGCUCCUCCAGGAGCAGCAACCACUGUGACCGUACUGCAGGGGGAAAUGUUCCAGACCUCGCCGGUGCAGACUGUGUGUCCGCACUGUCAGCAGGCAAUCAUCACCCGCAUCUCCCACGAUGUCGGGCUCAUGAACACACUCUUCUGCCUCUUCUGCUUCUUUGUAGGGUGUGAUCUCGGCUGCUGCUUGAUUCCCUGCCUGAUUGAUGACCUCAAGGAUGUGACACACACCUGCCCUUACUGUAAGGGCUACAUUUACACAUACAAGCGUAUAUGCUAACCACCGACAGCUGUAUGCUACAGAGACAUGUACAUGCACACACAUAAAUUCACAGCUCCUCCUGCUGGUAGUUACAGCCCCCCUCCCUCAUUUUUGCAAAGUGUUGUGUAGCCCUAUUGAAUUGUAAGUGCAGUUUUCUCAUUAGUUCACAGAAUAUUUACUGUAUAUAUCUUUCAGCAUAACACGUUCAUGUAUAAAUAUGCAUUUGAAAUGUACAAAAUCUCACUGAGCUACAGAAAUUGUAGGGCACUUAAACAUCCACCGAGGCCGCAGGUGCAUCUGAUCCUGUAUGGAAACCUGGGGAAAACGCCGGUGAUGUUACAGAUGUUAAAAGAAGACCUCAGUUAGAGAAAGCUGUGAAAAUGGUCACUUUAUUUAUUAGAAAUCAUUUUGCUGAGAAGCAAGUUUAUUGAAGUCAAACAUGCUGGGUUAGAGUUCUUGUUUUUUUUUUUUAAAUUUCAGAUAUUUUAUCCUAUUUUAACAAGUUAAUAUUGAGAACUGUGAACAUUUUUGUCCAUGUCUGAUAAUUUUUGUUUUCCCUUUUGAAUCCCUCAUUCAAUUUCUGAAUGUGAGCAAACUAAUGAAGCAUUUUCAGCUUGUGAAACUGAUGUAUUUGCUUGUUUUGGAAUGCCUGAGAUUGACGUUACAUUCUGUAUUAUUAAUCUUUGGGGCUUCAGUCAGAAGUCACACACCAUUCAGUGAUUUACAGUUGAGCGAGUUGGCAUAAACGCCCUCUGUCCACAGUGUACUUAAUCUUGUUGAUGAAUCCACCAUUUGCACUUUAAGUUGGAAUUUCCCCUUCUGAUGCAACCUCAGCUAUCAUUAAUAAUGUGACUUAGUGAUUCGUCUCAUGAGUGAAAGCAGCACAUAAUUUUGGCUUUUGCUUGUUAGCUGAGUGAAUCCCACGAUCCAUGCACUUAUUCAGAGUGUAGAAGUAGAGCUGGCAGACAGUUUUACUGUAACUGAUGGAGACGCACCGCAUGACAUCUCGGUUAUCUUGUGUCCUCUCUUUGGUCCAUGUGUCAUUGUGAUGCACCGCUCCAAACUAGAAUAUCUUGUCACUGAUGCUGUCGGCUGAUUGUUUGUUGGUGCCACAGUUAACAGGUAGCUAGUUUAAAAAUAGAAAAAAGAUGUUAGCAAACAAAUGCCAGCGGUGACACCAUCUAACAUUACUCUGUUUAGCCUGUAACCCUCCUAAUAUGGCACCAGCCCCUUUUUUAAAGAGUACCUGCAUUGCUCGGAUGCAUGUUAGAUGAUAAAGAUCUCUUUCGACUAAUACUUGAUAGUGACCUCUCUGCUAGGAAUAAGCUUCAAAUAAAUGAUUGUAUCAGAAAUCCUGCUAAAUUACAUUGUGAUUCCAUCGAGAUUACUACUAACAAUCAGUUCCACCACAGCAUGCCUGGACUGCUACUCACUCAUCAAGUGCAGAGUCGUUCUGCAUGAGCCACGCGUGAAAAUGAAGAAAUCUCACUCGCUAGAUCUUUGACUCUAUGUGCAGUUCAUAUUUUUUUUUCUCUCUUUCUUGAGGCUAGCUAAUCUGUGCAAGAAAGUUAAUUUUGAGUUGAAGGAUUGCAUUGAACUUUUAAUACGAAGCACUGUACGCCAUUGUCGUGGAUAAUGCUGGUCUGCAUUGCUCUCUAAAUGUCUGUGAUAUGUAUAACUACGCAAGUCAAAAUUUGUUUGACGGUUGUAUACAGGUACUAUUUUAUCAAUAAAAAUCAGAACAUGA